AAUCUAAAUUUGUUUAUGAUGAGUCAAAUAUUGAUUAAAUUGACAGAUGAUAUUAUAUUUUGCCAGCCUUAGCUGUAACCAUUUUUACAACACAUCAAUCUAUCAUAAAAUAAUUUUGAAUUGUAGUCUAAUGAGCAACUAAAUUUAUUAUACAAUUUAAAUUGCAAGCAUCCAAAUAUAUAUAUAUUGGUCCGUAUCUGCAAGCAGCUCCACUUAAUUUAACUAACUAAGGUCCAUAAGUUUCGAACUUUUUGGCUCAAUCCUUUUUGAUUCAAGCCUUACUUUAAGAUACCUCCCGUUCCAUCUCUUUCCUCUCCCAAAAAAAAAAAAAAAGAAAAAGGGAAAGAAAGAAAGAAAUUGUUUCUCAUUGGGCUACCAUGGUCUACUAGUAUACCCUCCCAUGCAUACCAGCCACCCUUGCCACGUUGUGGCUGGGCCUCCCUUGAUAAAACUUAUUUGACCGGAACAACCCAUAGAACAACCUAUCUACUGCACAUAUGAAUACACAUUCGAGUCUAUUUCACAGCCAUAAAUAAGACUCCCACAUCGGUGUCAUCCCACUCUAACUCCGCUCACUAUACUACUGUUGUCCUUUUCCACGGUCUCCAAACCUACAAGUAAAUGCCCACGUAAAUUCCUCCUCAAAAGCACCAGUUAGCCCAUACCCACCUUGUCGCCAACUAUUCACAUACUCCAAUCUUUAAAUUCCCCACUCCAAUCACUACCUCAUCAUUCCUCUCCCUCUCUCCCCUUCUCCACGAGUAGUAGCCUCUGAUCCCCUCUUCUCCUUCUCCUCUCCACAAAAACCACAAAGCAAGCACUCACUCUUACACCAACAACAAAGCAAAGAAUGCCACAACUCUCCCUUCUCUUCCUCUUCUUCCUCCCUUUUAUCUCCUCUUCAGAUGACUACAAGUACUCCAUCACCAUAAAAAAAGAUGACUACAACUCCUUCGUGUACGCCGGCUGCUCUCUAAAGUACACCCCCGGUUCUCCUUACCAGUUGAACGUGGAGUCCCUCCUCACCUCCUUGGUCAACGCCGCUGACUUCUCCACCUACGCCAACUUCACCUCCUCCACCGCCUCCGCCGCCGCCCCGGCCUACGGCCUCUUCCAGUGCCGCGCCGACCUCCCCCUCUCCAACUGCUUCUCCUGCAUCCGCUCCGCCCUCAACCAGCUCUCCUCCCUCUGCCCCGAUGCCGCCGGCGCCACCGUCCAGCUCCGCUCCUGCUUCCUCCGCUACGGCAACGAAUCUUUCCUCGGCAAGCCCGACAAUACCCUCCUCUACAAGCGCUGCGGCGGUGACGCCUCCGGUGGGUACGCCUCCGACGUCCUGGGCCUACGCGACGCUGCGCUCGGCUCCCUCACGGCGGCGCGCGGGUCGUACCGGGUCGGCGGCGCGGGGUACGUGCAGGCCAUGGCGCAGUGCGUCGGCGACCUCAGCGCCGAGGCGUGCUCCGACUGCGUGGAGUCGGCGGUGGUGCAGCUCAAGGCGGUGUGUGGGUUCGCCGUCGGUGCCGACGUUUACCUGGGCAAGUGCUACUUGCAGUGGUGGUCCAAUAGUGGCGUCUCCUCCUCCAGACACGGUCAUGGUGACAGGAAAACUUUGGGUAUUGUCAUUGGGCUCAUGGUCGGGCUCGUGGUCAUAAUUGUCUUCCUCUCCUUCAUUAGACGAGCUGGUAGCAGUGGUAAAUAGUAAUGAAAAUGGGUGACCUUGCUUUAUUGUUUUGGGGGCCUUUGUCUCAACUCCUUUUUCCCCCCCUCACUCAAGCUCCUUGGGGUUCCUUUUUUUUUAUAUAUAUAUUUCCUCAAAGAAGAAAGAAGCCUUUUAAAAGUGUGGAGGGGGGCUUGGAAAGAUGUGGAUGAGAUCGAGGGCUGCUUUACUUGAAAUAAGUGAAGUGGGAAAGUUGCCAAAAUGGACGAAAAGAGAAGAUUCCAAACCCACCCCACUUGGGGGAUGUCAUAAUUAAGCUGCAUGUAAUUGUUCCUUCUAGUUAUUCAUUCAUGGCUUUUACUGGAACUCUUCUAGAGCAUAUGUUGUUGUCUCUUGGGUGGGUGAAUUGUAGAAGUAGUGCAAGGGUUGAUGACAUGGAUUCAUGUACAUGAAGGGUGCUUGAAAUUAUUAAAAAAAUGUUAGUUUGUUGUUAAUAUAAGUAAAAUGAUUUCACCAAC